UAAAAUUUCAGCAGAUUCAGCACCAGUAACUCAUUUUCAUUUCGAAAAAUUUCACUUCUUUCAAUUAUCUCCCGCCUCUCUCACAUCAGCGACUUUUACUCCUCCAUUUCUACUUAAAACCCUCACUUUCUCCAACCACAGCAGUUCCGUACGACUGCCAUUACUGAGUUCAGCAAGACGACCAUAUCAAAGAUUCCUCAAUCUCUUCAUCGAUCAUCCCACCUGUUUUGCUACUUUGUUAAAAAUCUUAGAUAAUGGAGGAAGAGGGAAAGGAUACAAGCCCUAAAUGCCCUUAUACUAUAACAGUAAGAAGAAACCCCCCUAGAAAAGCAAAGAAAACCCCUUCCACCAACGCUCCUCCAUCCAGUAAAUCCACUUAUUUCAAACCCAAAGAUAUUCGGCCAUACCCGAUCGACGACAUCCUCAAGUGUGAUGUCUCUCAAGCCCCAACUCCAGUGCCUGUAGCACCACCAGAGAAUCUGGAAAGUAUAAGAGUCUUUCUUAGAGUAAGACCUAUUGAUAUACGUAAAUUUUCUACCAAAAAUAGUGAUGUAGCAGCAAAAGGGGCUCGGUCCAAGCUAAAAGGUGUUUCACCAAAGCGGGAUUUGAAGAAGACAGCUAGAAAAAAAGAGGUCUGUUUGUGUGUUACUGAUUCCCAAUCGGUUACUCUUGCACCACCGGCGGACAUGCAGGAUACAAGGCGUGUUAAAACUGAAGUGUACGAUGGUUUUAACCAUGUGUUUGAUUCUGAUUCCCAGCAGAAAGACGUAUACGAGAAAGUGAUGGACCCUCUAGUAUGCGAUUUCAUUGCUGGGAAGAGUGGUAUGAUUGCUGCAAUGGGACCUACCGGCUCGGGAAAGACACAUACGGUGUUUGGUUCUGCAAGGGAGCCUGGUAUUCUGCCACUUGCGCUUCGAAAGAUAUUCAAUUCCUCUGGGAACAAUUGUUCUUCUGAGCUGGCAGGGUCAUACUAUAUAUCAAUUUUUGAAAUAUAUUCUGAGCGGGGGAAGGGAGAGAAGAUUGUUGAUUUGUCAUUAGAUGGAACUGAUUUGUCUUCGCAACAGUCAACUAUUAAAUGUCAACAGGUUUUGGUUACCAAUGUUGCUGAGGCAGAAUCUUUGAUAGCACGAGGGAUGUUGAAAAGGACUACUGCUAUGACAAAUUCAAACACUCAAUCGAGUCGGUCACAAUGCAUCAUCAACAUUAUUGCCACUCAGAAAACUUUUGAUAGGAAAGUUGAAAUUGUACUGAAUGGUCCUGUACUGAGUAUUGUAGACCUUGCUGGUGCUGAAAGAUCUCAAAAAACAGGGAAUCAGGGAACCAGAUUGCUGGAAAGCAACUUCAUUAACAACACAUCGAUGGUGUUUGCUCAGUGCUUAAGGUCAUUGCUGGAGCACCAAAAGAACCCCAAGAAGCAAUUGCAGAAGCACUUCCAAAACUCCUUGCUGACCAAGUAUUUAAGAGACUAUCUGGAAGGAAAGAAGCGGAUGACUCUGAUUUUAACUGUCAAGCCAGGGGAGGAUGACUAUGUCGAUACAUCGCAUCUGCUUAGACAAGCGUCCCCUUACAUGAAAAUAAAGUUUUCUACUGUAGAAGAACCAUCCACUUUAGCAUAUCCCAAGAGGGCUGUUGAGAAGUUGCCUAGAAUAGAGCAGCCUAAAAGGAGGAAAUUGCGUGAGCCGGAUGCUUCUGAAAUAGACGAGGCUAAGAUUGUCAACAGUGAGCAUCCAAUCUUGAAAAAAGAAAGGAUUUUGAAGCAGCUUCAGCAACAUGAGCCUCUGAAUGUCAAAAAAGAUUUGCAUAAGAUUUUACAUUCUGAGAAAGCAUGCUGCACUGAGUUAGCAGGGACUAAAAGAAGGGAACAAAUUUUGCUGAAUUUUUCAAAGGCUCUGUGGAACGUUCUAAAGCAAUAUAAGCAAAAACUUGAGAACUCUGAAGGUGAGAACCACUCUUUAAAAGAAAACCUUAAUCUGGAAAGAGCUCGGUGUCUAGAACUCGAAAAAGAAUUGGGACUUCUGAAAUUGAAUGAUUCUCACUGCACCCAACUGGUUGUUGAAGAUUCUGCUUUAGGCUCUGGGGCUGCUAAAAUUUAUCAAGAGAAAUGUACCAUAUACAAAGUACAAAAUCUGGAGGUAGAAGUUUCUGAUGAGUGCUCGCCAGUUAAAGACCUCAAAGUGGAGGACCAUCAGGUAAUCAUGUCUGGUAUCAGCUUCCUUGGAAUUUGGGUCAGCACUAUGAUGUCGGUUGUUGAAGAUUCUCCUUUAGGCUCUGUAGCUGCUGAGAUUGAUAACGAGAAAAGUACCAUAUUUAAAGUACAAAAUCUGGAGGUAGAAGUUUCUGAUGAGCGCUCGCCAGUUAAAGACCUCAAACUGGAGGACCAUCAGGUAGAAGUUUCUGAUGAGUGCUCGCCAGUGAAAGACCUCAAACUGGAGGACCAUCAGGUAGAAGUUUCUGUUGAGUGCUCGCCAGUUAACGACCUCAAACUGGAGGACCAUCAGGAUGUUGAAGAUUCUCCUUUAGGCUCUGGGGCUGCUGAGAUUGAUCAAGAGAAAUGUACCAUAUUUAAAGUACAAAGUCUGGAGGUAGUUUCUGAUGAGCGCUCGCCAGUUAAAGACCUCAAACUGGAGGACCAUCAGGUCAAUAGUGCUCUGACUCAGUCCAUGAAUCAGGAGUUUAAAGCCUUUAUUGGGAAAGAAAAUGCUGGAAACGAUAUAGAAAAUCUGAAACAUGUAGAUAUCAAAGAUAAAUCCCCAAAUCAAGAUAUAGCAGGAGCAGGUUUAGGCCUUUCAGUUUUGCUUGCCAGCUCACCACAUUCAAAAGUUUUGUCUGUUACGGCACUUCAUGAAGAGACAGUAUCAGAGACGCUUGCAAACAAUAUCACGGAAAGUGAACAAGAGUGUUGCUCUCCUCUCAAAUCUGUCAAUGUGCAAAAACCUAGAAGGAGAUUGCUUCCUGCGUCUUCUUUAUUGCUGAAAGAGCUAAAUACAUUGGACUUGGAGGUGGAAAAUGAAGAACCAAAGGGAGGUAGAGGUGGUAAGAAGUUCACAGAGGAAAGAAUCAUGUCCAAGGGCGGCGUUUCUCUCCUUCGGUUAUUGAAGAGCAAUGUACGGUCAUGAUAAUUCAUUGUUUGUGGGUGUGAACUUGGCAAAGCAACCUUACUGUUUGUGGGUGUGAACUUUUGCUGACGGAUUAAAUAGAUGAAUUCGGUUGUUGCUCAACGGGAUGUGGUUGUAUAUAUUAAUGUUAAAACUGCCCUUACUGAUCCAAAAAAAAAAAAGUUACAACUGCCUUAAUGAGUACAAGGAUCAUAGUUAUAAAAAGGCAUGAGGUUUAUGUCCACGAUGACUAAAGCUAUCAGACGGACGGCGUUUAAUACAGACCCGAUCCGAAGGUCGGGAAGCUGCGGAUAAAGUAGUCAUUAGACGGCCGAAAAGGACUUUGGGACAUGAGAAAAUCGCGGUUUUAGCAUAAAAGGGUCUCUUGCCACUUUUAUGUCGAAUAUACUUUAAUACAAAGAGAGAAUAUUAUUUCCAAGGAAAUCUUGAUCUUAUCGAUUUUUUUUUUCUUUUUUCA